GAUAGAAUGAUGGAGGAACUUGAGUCCAUAGCUUUCAGUGGUAAUGUGCAGAGGUCAUCCAUAGCUCAUAAUCUUGGAGUUUUCAACGCAGACAUGUCUCAAUACAUGGAGAGAAGCCUACAAUUCGAUCAAUCCUCAUUUAUUGACGAUGAAUGCCAUCGCUUCUCCACCGGAUACCUCCAAGAUGUCCUCUUUCAAUUCACCUCCAAACGAAGAAGGAUCAUCGACACUUCUAUCAAGAACUGCUGGACGUCAAAUCUGAUCCAAAAUUUCAAUCAAAUGACCGAAUUCGACACCAUUUCCGAAUUGAAAAGCCCUGAAGAUGGUGCUGUUUCGGAAACCUAUGAUUCGUCUUCUCAGAAAGAAUCACCUGAGAAAGAAAACCUAUAUUGCAUAGACCCCAAUAUUUUUGCUUCUGGUGGUAGUGGUGAAAAAAGGAAAAAGAGGGCGGUGGCAAAAGUGGUAUACCCAUUUGCUCUAGUGAAGCCGGGGGGAUUCGAAGGGGAUGCAACGCUAAAUGACAUCAACGAGAGAAUCCUAAUGCCCCCGACGCGGCCGGUCCGACACCCUGUGGGUGACUUUGCUUGUCGGCCACUAGUCUCGCCUGACGGACUAGGUCUGUCAGGCAAGGCUGUGGUGGCCUUCACAAGAAUUCAUACACAAGGGAGAGGCACAAUCACUAUAGUUCGGACAAGAGGUUGAUGGGGACAAUAAAUUAAUUUCAUGUACACAUUUUCAUGCAAGAUUUGGAUAUGAUGAGGGUCCAACCUAUGUACUAGUGCGUUUCAAUGGAUGUGCUAGAUAAUGAGAGAGAUUAUUCAAAAGGAUAGAGAAGGGAAAUAGUAUGUGUAGAUAUUAUGCGUACGUAUGUAUGUAGUACAUUUGUUUUUAUUUAAUUUGAAAUCUUAGACUUAAAUUAAAGUUGAAGUGACCGUCAAGCAAGGAAAAUCGCGUUUUUUUUUGUUUUGUUCUUUAUGUACAUUAGUGCUUUGUGGGUA